AGGCUUGUAGGCUGCAGCUUCCUAGUUGGCUAAUUGAGGGGAUGCAUAGAUGCGAUCGCCGUGAUGUAGCAGAAGAAGAAGAAGAAGAAGAAUUUAGCUUAGCUCAGAAGAAGCAGCUAGUAAUGGAGGCGGAAUUGAAACAGGUGCUAAAUGAUCUCGAUUCUCUUAAGCAUUCAUUGCUUGAUCCUUCUCAUCACGCUCCAAUCGAUAAGCUGCAGUCGCGUAUUGAACAUCUCACAACGUUGGCAAAGUCUGAACCUGUUCGGCGUUCAAAAGUCAAGGAUAUGAGUGCCGAGGUUGUGGAUAGCAAUCCUUAUAGUAGGCUCAUGGCGCUUCAAAGGAUGGGUAUUGUGCAGAACUAUGAGAGAAUUCGGGAGUUCUCUGUUGCCAUUGUUGGAAUUGGUGGUGUUGGCAGUGUUGCAGCUGAAAUGCUAACAAGAUGUGGAAUAGGUCGUCUUUUGUUGUAUGAUUAUGACAAAGUGGAGUUGGCCAACAUGAAUAGACUUUUUUUUCGUCCGGAACAGGUUGGCAUGACGAAGACUGAUGCUGCUGUUCAGACCCUGUCAGACAUAAAUCCUGAUGUUGUGCUUGAGAGCUAUACACUGAACAUCACAACAGUGCAAGGGUUUGAAACCUUCAUGUCAAGUUUGAAAAAUAAAUAUUUUCGUCCAGCUAAAGAAGGUAGUGGAGUAGAUCUUGUUUUAAGCUGUGUGGAUAAUUAUGAAGCAAGGAUGGCUGUUAACCAGGCUUGUAAUGAGUUGAAUCAAACAUGGAUGGAGUCUGGUGUAUCUGAAGAUGCUGUUUCUGGUCAUAUACAACUGUUGAUUCCUGGAGAAACUGCUUGUUUUGCAUGUGCACCUCCUCUUGUUGUAGCAUCUGGUGUGGAUGAGCGGACACUCAAGCGUGAGGGGGUUUGUGCAGCAUCUUUGCCUACCACGAUGGGAGUUGUCGCUGGGCUUUUAGUUCAAAAUACACUGAAGCUCCUGUUACAAUUUGGACAUGUAUCUCUAUACCUGGGAUACAAUUCUCUCAAAGAUUAUUUCCCAACCAUGGAAAUGAGGCCAAAUCCUCAAUGUUCAAAUGCAGCUUGUUUGGAGCGUCAGAAAGAGUAUAUCCUUGCAAAGCCAGCUAGGGAUGCUGCAGCUAAAACCAAAAUGGAGGCAGAAGCAUUGUUAGCUACAGAGAUCCCACUUCAUGCUGAUAAUGAGUGGAACAUAAGUGUUGUUGAUGAUAGUGAGCUGGAAAAGACAUAUGCCACAGGUUCAGGUCCUGCAGAUGCGCUCCCCGAAGGUCUUACACAUGAGCUUCCAAGUGCAGACGAGUUUCAGAAGUUCCCAGAUGCUGAUACAACUACAGCUACUAUUGAUGACCUUGAAGAACUCAGGAAGCAACUUGAUGCCCUUAAUGCCUGAUUAUGGAUUAGGUUUUUCAGCAUUAGCUUUUCAGGAAAGACAAUUGAUUUGUAGGCUCCAUAUUUUGUAACUGUGCCUUCUGAGAAUGAAUAAAUUAAAGCUCGAAUUAAGCUUUAUGAGGCUUUGAGACUGUAGAAUUCACCCACAUUUUGUUGUUUAGAUAUUUAUUUGAACAUUAUAAACAACCAUAUCAUCUUUUUUC